AUGGACGUGACCCUUUUUGUCUACGACCUCUCUCGGGGGCUGGCCAGACAGAUGUCAGCUGGUCUGCUUGGUUUUCAGAUAGAUGCCAUCUACCACACCUCGAUCAAACUCAACGGGCUGGAAUAUGUCUACGACGGGAAUGUGGUGGCAAUCAGGCCUGGUUCUUCACAUCUUGGCCAGCCGGAGCAACAGCUACAUCUGGGGACAACUGACUUACCCAUGGAGGUGAUCGAGGAGUAUCUGGACUCAUUACGAGAAAUCUAUACCGUGCAGGCCUAUGACCUUUGGAAACAUAACUGCAACAACUUCUCAAACGACUUUGCCAUGUUCCUCCUCGGCAAGGGGAUCCCUGAGCACAUUGUGAAUCUCCCACAGACCGUCCUGGACUCUCCAUUCGGCCAGAUGUUGAUGCCCAUGCUCAACCAGCAAAUCAACUCCAACAGGCGACAAGGAGGCAUUCUUGGUAUCCAGCAAAGCACCCCCGGCAGUUCAGUCAAGCCAAAAUUUCAGCUUCAUCAGCACACAGGCAAGGUUCACAAUGUUGCCACCCUGACAGAGCUGGACCAGCUGCUGGCAAGGCACCAACACUCUUGCGCCGCUGUCUUCUUUACAUCAGCAACCUGCCCGCCAUGCAAGCUCGUCUACCCCCUGUACGACGAACUCGCCGCCGAAGUGGGGGACAAGGGCGUUCUCAUCAAAGCAGACAUCUCGCAAGCGUUUGAUAUCAGAAGCAGGUACUCCGUCAGGGCAACACCCACCUUCAUCACCUUCCUCAAAGGCAAGCAAGAAAACCAAUGGACCGGCGCCGAUCCCGCGACCCUCCGAGGCAACGUUCAGCUCCUCGUCCAGAUGGCCUGGCCACGGCACCGUCACGAGUCUCUUGACCUACCAACAAUCUCCAACCGGAACGCCAAGCCGGUGCUGUACACCCGUCUCCCGCCUCUGGCCAAACUCCUCGCCAAACUGCCAGCAGAAACCUCGUCCAACCCAUCAGUUCGGGAUAUGAAGCGCUUCCUCGAGACUCGUGCUGCGGAAGGCCCGGCGGAGGCCACCCUACCCAACAUCCCGGGGUUUCUUUCCUUUGUCAAUGACUCCCUCGCCAAGAUCGAAGCUGAUAAGCUCUUUCCCCUUAUCGAUCUCUUGCGGUGCGCACUUGUUGACCCGAGGGUGAGCUCGGUGCUGGCGGAGGAACAAGAUUGCAAAACUGUGCUGUCUAUCCUCCGGCUGGUCAACAAUGCUGUUGAAAGCUGUAGCUGCCCUUACCCGUUGCGUCUGGUUACUGUUCAGAUGAGCUGCAACUUAUUUUCGUCACAUCUCCACGAGGAUGCUAUCCUCUCUCAUCAAGCACUUCGGCAUGCGAUAACGGAACUGACGACAGCUUGCUUCCGGGAGAGCGAGACGGCCACGUUGAGGGUUUCCUCGGCGGGAUUGUUGUAUAAUCUCGCGCUGGCGAAUAGUAAGAAACGGAGGGCUGGACCGGGGGAUGCCCUCCCGGGAGAGGAGCAGGCUGCUUUGGCCGGGUCGGUGUUGGAGGCGAUUGGGGGGGAGAGGGAGAGUGCGGAGGCGUUGGAGGGGAUGUUGAAUGCGUUGGGGCUGUUGGUUUAUUUGUUGCCGCAGGAGGGGGAGGAGAUGGGGGAGAUGGAGCAGUUGUUGGUGAUUAUGGAGGCGGGGGAUGUGGUGAAGGGGAAGGGGAUGGUGGAAGGGUUUGGGGGGUUGAAGGGGUUGGUUGGUGAGGUUGGGGAGCUGCUUGGGAAGGGGUUGAGGAAGGCCUGA